AUUGCGAAUGCAAACACAACUGUUUCCUAAAUCGACUGUUCAACAUAAUGACUCACUAUAAAAUCAUCGAUUCCAUAAAAAUUAAUUGAACACACGUGAUUUUGUGCUGAAUGUCCACACGAGUUACGUCUUGAUAAUUAAAUUAAUUGAGAUCGCUGGAGUUUUAGUAUAAAUUUAAUUGCUCGGCGGCUACAGAUCUCAUUACCGAUUCAUCUACUUGUCCUAAUCCACCUCAAUCGAUUCCGAGAAUGAAGAUAUUCAUUUUAAUCUGCUGUUUCCUGCCGUUGACUGUGUGUGCUUAUAUAUCGGAGAAAGAUCUGUAUCAAUAUACAGUAUUGCAUUCCAACAUCCGAUUAAUCAAUCAAGUAGUCUCUAGCUACAUGUUAGCUGUUGAUAACAAGACCCAGUGGAUGGCUCAAAGAUUCCAUGACAAUAUCAGUUCCGUUCGUGAAGAUUUUGGAGAAUGGUAUGCAGUUUUCAAGGCAAAGUAUGAACCGAAAGCCGCUGAGUUCGCUCAUAAUCUGAAUCUGAGCGAAGACUGUCACCAAUAUAUUCUGGAUGGACUCAAAGAAAACGACUUGCAUAAAGAUCAGCUGAAGAAUUAUACGAUUGAAGCUAUUCAAUCCUGGAGUGCAGGACUCCAAGAAGUUUACGGGAAAUUGUCAGUAACUAGAUUGGCACUUGCAUCAAUUGAAAUGGAAGCUUAUCGAUGUGGUGAUCUCCUAAAAAAAAGUGAUGACACCCUCGCCUACAAUUGUACACGUAAGGCUCUGGAGAAAGCUGAGACAAUCAAAGAAAAAGCAAUUCCAGAAAUUUACGAGGAAGCGAAAGACCUGAUUAAAAUCCACAACACGGCAUUAAAUUGUUUACAUCAAUCAAUCAAAGACAGAAACAUGGCGAUUUUCUAUGACUCAUUUCGAACAGAUGAUUGGCUUGCGACAUUUUGCUCGGAAUCGGAAGAAACGGAUAAUGACGACCGUCUGGUGUAUCACACCGAAUAAUUCUAAUAAACCGCAAAAAAAAGGGAGACU